AUGGCGACCCGACCCGAGAACUUCUUUGUUCAGCAGGGUGACGAGCUCGAGUACCGCUCCGACACCGUCACCAAGGCUGGAGCGCAGCCAAUUCUUGUCGGAGGGCUGCCGUUGGUGGUGCCUCGACUGCGCGUGAGGCGUGAUGGGAGCGGAAAUGCAAUCCGCCAAGUGCCGGAGCUUUGGAUGUGGGAGGAACUGAGAUCCAACGCUGAUGGCAGUAGGUCAUGGCAUGAGCUGGGAUUUUGCUCAGGCCCAAAGGACCUGGAGGAAAAGUUGUUGGAUCGUGCCAGGGAGGAAGGGAACCAGGUCACAGGGCCGGCCGGUGCUUUGCAGGACGGUCGUGACUCGUGGGCCCGCUUUAUCUUCACCCGGCCUGGGGAGCAGGCCAAGCAGAUGUCCGAGGUCCGCAAGGACUACCACGAGGAGCAGAAGCGACUGCAGGAGGCGGAGUAG